AUGCCCUCAACAACAUCAGAACCACCAAGUCCAGGUCCAUCAACUGCAAAUUCAAAUUCAAACUAUCAAAACCAAGCAAUAGAACCAAUUGGAAUCACACCUCAAAUCGCACCUGAUAUAAUCACCUUACCAACAGUUUUAAUAACUUAUAAACAUCCUUUAACUUCUCAACCUAGAUCAGUUAAAGCAAGAAUCGAUCGAAAUGUUCCUUUAGAUGAAGUGGUACGACAACUGUGUACUUCGGCUCAACUGGCUAUCAAUGAACCGGCUCAUCAUUUUUCGUUGAGAGAUGCUUCCAACAACGAAUUGAUAACCAAUGAAAACGUUCAUAGAAAGGUCUCGAAUGGGUGUAUGACACUUAAAUUGGUUCCUUCACCUACACUGGAAGCUAAAGAGAUGGCUGAAAUAUUAUCGAACAAUUUAGCUGAUGACAAGAUGAUCAAACUUAUGUUAUUCAGCCUAAAAGAUUACUUGAGAGAAGCUGAUUUUACCGCUGAGUUUGAAGCUCGAGGUGGAUCUUUAGCACUUGCAAGACUUUGUGAACAAACUUCAGCCGGUAAUACACUUGCAUAUGCACUUUCAGCACUACAAGUUUUAGCCGAACAAGAUCGAGCAAAUGAUUUAUUCACACCAAUUGGCUUACACCGUUUCGCACAUCUUCUUAGUACAUCAGCACUUGUGAAUGUUUUACGUCCAACUACAGCUGUUAUUCGUAGAUUAGUAAGUGCAGAGAAUGGGUUUGAAACGGUUUGGCCAGCACUUGAUUCGACUCUGGAUAAUGAAGAAGAACAAAGAACAGAAGAAAUCUUGAGUGUAUUAGCAAAACGAGUUGCAGGUGCAACUAAUGCUGAUUUCGGUCUUGCUCAAGUUACACUUGCAUUAGUCAAUGAAUUGAUUAGAGGAUCCUUAUUAACAUCAGAUCGAGAUACGUUUAUAAAUUUCGAAGAAGCUUUAGAAAAAGCAGGGAUGUCAAAAUCAGUGAUUAGAUUACAAGAAGGAGCACCAGGUGAAUCAGAUGGAUUGGUUUUAGGUUAUCAAACUCUUUCGGGUCAAUUGUUUACGAAAUUAAGAGAAAUGGUAGUGUCAUCUGAAUAUGAAAGAGAUGUGAAUAAAUUAAUGGAGAUGGCAGAUAGAGCUUGUGAAUUGGAUUCGAAGGCUGAUGAAAAUCAAGAUGAACUUGAAGAACGUGAAGCUAGGAAAUGGAAAACUCUUGGAUUCGAAUCUGAGAAUUUAUUAGAUGAUUUUGAAAAUGUUGGAUCACUUGGACUUAAACUCAUGUAUAGAUUCAUUACUGUUCAUACACCUGAAUUCGAUAAGUUUAUUUUGGAAGAGUUAUCAAGACCAGAGGCUAAACGAUGUCCUUUUGCUAAAGCAUCAAACAAAUGUGCAGAGAUCUUAGCCGAGAUCUACGAAUGGAAUGCAACUGAAACAUCACAAGCACCAAGACUAAAUAUGGCAACAGCUUACCAACCCUUAAUGAUUCAAUUACCGAAACUACAUUCACAUGUAUUGAAAUUCUUUAGAUUAAUGUGGUCAGCAUCAGGAGCAACGACACAUGAUUUCACAAGAGUAGGAGUUUUAGUACGAUCACAUCUUUCGAAUGUAUUAAGAGGAAUCGCUAUUACGGGUACAGAAAGACAAGGAUCUAGACCUCAAUGGGCUGAACUUAUUCGUGAACUUGAAACAGUUGAUUAUGUAAGAGUUAGAGAUCGACAAAUGCAAGAACUAGCUCUUGAAGAUAGUUUGUUAAACAAACCACCCGUUAGAAAUUUAAGAGGAAAAUUGUAUCAAGAUUCGGUUGAAUUUAUAAAAUCUCAAAGAAUUAAUUCAUUAAUGCAAGGAAGUUGGUUUGUACAUUCAUCAAAUAUACCAAAUCAAUUAAACACAAGUCAUAAUCAUAAUACUCGAAAUCAAAAGAAUUCGACUACACCUACUUUAGGUGGAGCAGUUCUACAACAACAACAACAAGCUAAGUGGAGAUUUUAUAGAUUGGCACCUAAUAAGAAAUAUUUACAUUAUUUGGAGAGUCAAUUACCUACUGUGCCGGUUAAGAAUGGGGUAGAUGAAAUGCCAGAUCGAAUUGAGAUUUCUUCAAUCACAGAAAUCAUUAGCGGGAAUGGAGCACCUGAAUUACCCCAACCAGCUGGAAUCCGAAACCUAACCCGAAGAUCAAGUACUCAUUCCACCACUUCUACCACCACCGAUAGUUCACCUACUACACCUCAAUUAUCACAUCCUUUAAAUCAUCAUCAUCAUAAUACAAUACCUAAACUUGCAUUGAUGGGAGCAGGACAAACCUUGGCGAUCUUGAUACCUUCUUCUGUUGAACUUCAUGCAGAAUGGUUAGAUGGAUUGAAUUUAUUGAGAGAAGAUGGGGCAAUGGUUGCUACGAAAGAAUCGGCUCAAUUGGUUUUUACUUUAACUCAAAUCGGUACUCAAAUUAAAUUAUUAGAUUUAAGUGGGGAAAGAGUUGAAAUACCAAAUCAUUUAGAAAUCCCUGCAGUGCCUAUCAGUACAGAUUUUUUUUAUUCUGAAGGUGCUAAUAGUAAUAAUCUAGAUACGAAUCAAGAAAAUCAUCAACAGCAACAAGUGAUUGAUCCAGUUUAA